CCCUCUUCCUUCUCAUCACCAUUAAUGCUAACCCCUAAAGCUCACAACCCACGCAUCCAAUCACACCCUUUAAAGAGCUAGUAACCUUUUCCAACACAAAACUUUUAGCUCAGACACACCAUCUGAUCACACAAUCAGACACAACUCAACUUGUUCAAAAAAAUGUCUAUUUGUUUUCACCUUCCUAUCUUUCCCUCUCACCUCUCUCCUUUAUAUUCCCCCCCACCUCCUUUUCAUUCUUACCACCAUUAAUACUAACCCUAAAGCUCAUCCACCCAUCCAAACUCACCCUUUAAAGAGCUAGUGGUGGAUCUCAACACAAGUGUUUCAACUUUCAACGGCCAACACGAAAUUUGAUUAUAGAAUCAAACACCACUAAUUUAGAAAAGCUAGUACUAAGUGUUUCAACUUUCAGGGCUCAGUCACAUAAUCUUAUCAGAGAAUCAUAUACAACUCGUUUUCAAAUGGGUAAGAAAAUGAAGUUCCCAUCUCUCUUCAAGAACAAGGAAGCAAGGCAUCCAUGGCAAUGGGCAUCGUGCACGCAGCCAAGAACCCUCUCUUUCCGAGCCGCUGCCACCGGCGACGAUAUGUUCAAGACCGUUAACUCGGUAUUUUUCGACCUCUCCGACGGGGUCGAAACGCCACUGGAUUCCUGGUUCACCAACUCAUCAGAAUCCGCGAGCUUCUCGACCCAGUCGGAGGACAUAAAAGGCGAGUCAACGGAGAUGAUCAUACGAGGAGUCCAAUCAGAGAGGCUGUUUUUCGAGCCAGGCGACACGAGAUCGAUCUUGACGGAGGAAAAGUCCGGUGAGUUUCCGUUCAAAGAGAGCGUGGCAAUGGCGAUGGAAUCGGAGGACCCAUAUGAAGAUUUCAAGAGGUCUAUGGAGGAGAUGGUGGAGAGUCAUGGGUUGAAAGAUUGGGAGUGUUUGGAAGAGCUUUUGGGGUGGUAUUUGAGAGUGAAUGGGAAGGUGAAUCAUGGGUUUAUUGUUGGUGCAUUUGUUGAUUUGCUUGUUGCAAUGGCUUCUUCUACUACUUCUACUUCUUGUUGUGAAGAUUCUACUACUACUACUACUACUACUACUACUUUCUCUUCUGCUGCUUCUUGUUUUUCUUCUCCUUCUUCAUUAUUAUCACCUCUAUCUCUAUCUCCUCCUCCUCCAUUGAUGCAGCAGAAGGAGAUUGUUGAGGAAGAAGAGGAAGACAAGACGGUUGUGUCUUAGUUUCUUCAUUACAUCUUUUUUUCUUCAAAUGUAUAUUAGUAGUAGGUUAAAGAAAUGACACUGAAACUAGAUCAA